AUGGCAGAACAAGAAGCAGGGAACAUUAUAAUCCCAGUUCGUCGUUGGAUACGUGGACAUUAUACAAAAUUAACAAAUAGUAAUGUAGCAAGAUGUAAUCAUUGUAACGUACAAUUAUUUAUACAUAAGAAUAGAUCCUUAGCUAUUUUACAUAAACACUUAGUGAAGAGACAUUCAGACAAAUUAAAUGAAGAACAGAAGAAAGAAGAUAAAUUCGAUUGGACUUGGGAUUAUUUUAUCGCAGAAAGCGAUAUAGAGGCAACAUGCAAAGAAUGUAACUUAACAAUUAAGUACCAAUCAGUAUCUUGUCUCAAAAAGCAUUUGAAACGUAUACACAAGAUAUUGGGUCCAAAUUCAGAUCAUAUAGACAACGAGAGCAAUUCAGACAAUGACUUGAUUGCAAAUGAGGAUCUAACUCCAAAGACGGACAAUUUUAUCCCAGUUCGUCUUUAUAUACGUAAACAUUACACAAAAUUAAUAAGGAAUAAGAUGGCAAAAUGCAACUAUUGUAAUGCAAAAUUCGCUAUACGAAAUAAAUCUUUAGAUUAUUUACAUAAACACUUGGUGAAGGCACAUCCAGACAAAUUAAAUGAAGAACAGAAGAAAGAAGACAAAUUCGAUUGGACUUGGGAUUAUUUUAUCGCAGAAAGCGAUAUAGAGGCAACAUGCAAAGAAUGUAACUUAAUAAUUAAGUACCAUUCAGUAUCUUGUCUCAAAAAGCAUUUAAAACGUAAGCACAAGAUAUUGAGUCCAAAUUCAGAUCAUAUAGACAACGAGGGCAAUUCAGACAAUGACUUGAUUGCAAAUAAGGAUCUAACUCCAAAGACAGACAAUUUUAUCCCAGUUCGUCGUUGGAUACGUGGACAUUAUACAAAAUUAACAAGUAGUAAUGUAGCAAGAUGUAAUCAUUGUAACGUACAAUUUUUCAUACAUAAGAAUAGAUCCUUAGCUAUUUUACAUGAACACUUAGUGAAAAGACAUUUAGACAAAUUAAAUGAAGAACAAAAGAAUGAAGAUAAAUUCCAUUGGACUUGGGAUUAUUUUAUCGCAGAAAGCGAUAUAGAGGCAACAUGCACAGAAUGUAACUUAACAAUUAAGUACCAAUCAGUAACUUGUCUCAAAAGUCAUUUAAAACGUAUACACAAGAUAUUGGGUCCAAAUUCAGAUAAUGUAGAUAACGAGAGCAAUUCAGACAAUGACUUGAUUGCAAAUGAGGAUCUAACUCCAAAGACAGACAUUUUUAUCCCAGUUCGUCGUUGGAUACGUGGACAUUAUACAAAAUUAACAAGUAGUAAUGUAGCAAGAUGUAAUCAUUGUAAGGUACAAUUUCUCAUACAUAAGAAUAGAUCCUUAGCUAUUUUACAUGAACACUUAGUGAAGAGACAUUCAGACAAAUUAAAUGAAGAACAGAAGAAAGAAGAUAAAUUCCAUUGGACUUGGGAUUAUUUUAUCGCAGAUAGCGAUAUAGAGGCAAUAUGCAAAAAAUGUAACUCAACAAUUAAGUAUCAAUCAGUAUCUUGUCUCAAAAAGCAUUUAAAACGUAUGCACAAGAUAUUGAGUCCAAAUUCAGAUCAUAUAGACAACGAGAGCAAUUCAGACAAUGACUUCAUUGCAAACGAGGAUCUAACUCAAAAGACAGACAGUUUUAUCCCAGUUCGUCGCUGGAUACGUGGACAUUAUACAAAAUUAACAAGUAGUAAUGUAGCAAGAUGUAAUCAUUGUAACGUACAAUUUUUCAUACAUAAGAAUAGAUCCUUAGCUAUUUUACAUGAACACUUAGUGAAGAGACAUUUAGACAAAUUAAAUGAAGAACAAAAGAAUGAAGAUAAAUUCCAUUGGACUUGGGAUUAUUUUAUCGCAGAAAGCGAUAUAGCGGCAACAUGCACAGAAUGUAACUUAACAAUUAAAUACCAAUCAGUAACUUGUCUCAAAAGUCAUUUAAAACGUAUACACAAGAUAUUGCGUCCAAAUUCAGAUAAUGUAGAUAACGAGAGCAAUUCAGACAAUGACUUCAUUGCAAACGAGGAUCUAACUCAAAAGACAGACAGUUUGAUCCCAGUUCGUCGUUGGAUACGUGGACAUUAUACAAAAUUAACAAGUAGUAAUGUAGCAAGAUGUAAUCAUUGUAACGUACAAUUUUUCAUACAUAAGAAUAGAUCCUUAGCUAUUUUACAUGAACACUUAGUGAAGAGACAUUUAGACAAAUUAAAUGAAGAACAAAAGAAUGAAGAUAAAUUCCAUUGGACUUGGGAUUAUUUUAUCGCAGAAAGCGAUAUAGAGGCAACAUGCACAGAAUGUAACUUAACAAUUAAGUACCAAUCAGUAACUUGUCUCAAAAGUCAUUUAAAACGUAUACACAAGAUAUUGGGUCCAAAUUCAGAUAAUGUAGAUAACGAGAGCAAUUCACACAAUGACUUGAUUGCAAAUGAGGAUCUAACUCCAAAGACAGACAUUUUUAUCCCAGUUCGUCGUUGGAUACGUGGACAUUAUACAAAAUUAACAAGUAGUAAUGUAGCAAGAUGUAAUCAUUGUAAGGUACAAUUUCUCAUACAUAAGAAUAAGAAUAGAUCCUUAGCUAUUUUACAUAAACACUUAGUGAAGAGACAUUCAGACAAAUUAAAUGAAGAACAGAAGAAAGAAGAUAAAUUCCAUUGGACUUGGGAUUAUUUUAUCGCAGAUAGCGAUAUAGAGGCAAUAUGCAAAGAAUGUAACUCAACAAUUAAGUAUCAAUCAGUAUCUUGUCUCAAAAAGCAUUUAAAACGUAUGCACAAGAUAUUGGGUCCAAAUUCAGAUCAUAUAGACAACGAGAGCAAUUCAGACAAUGACUUGAUUGCAAAUGAGGAUCUAACUCCAAAGACAGACAAUUUUAUCCCAGUUCGUUGUUGGAUACGUGGACAUUAUACAAAAUUAACAAGUAGUAAUGUAGCAAGAUGUAAUCAUUGUAACGUACAAUUCUUCAUACAUAAGAAUAGAUCCUCAGCUAUUCUACAUAAACACUUAGUGAAGAGACAUUCAGACAAAUUAAAUGAAGAACAGAAGAAAGAAGAUAAAUUCGAUUGGACUUGGGAUUAUUUUAUCGCAGAAAGCGAUAUAGAGGCAACAUGCAAAGAAUGUAACUUAACAAUUAAGUACCAAUCAGUAUCUUGUCUCAAAAAGCAUUUGAAACGUAUACACAAGAUAUUGGGUCCAAAUUCAGAUCAUAUAGACGAGAGCAAUUCAGACAAUGAUUUGAUUGCAAAUGAGGAUCUAACUCCAAAGACAGACAAUUUUAUCCCAGUUCGUCUUUCUAUACGUAAACAUUACACAAAAUUAAUAAGGAAUAGGAUGGCAAAAUGCAACUAUUGCAAUGCAAAAUUCACUACACGAAAUAAAUCUUUAGAUUAUUUACAUAAACACUUGGUGAAGGCACAUCCAGAGAAAUUAAAUGAAGAACAGAAGAAAGAAGACAAAUUCCAUUGGACUUGGGAUUAUUUUAUCGCAGAAAGCGAUAUAGAGGCAACAUGCACAGAAUGUAACUUAACAAUUAAUUACCAAUCAGUAACUUGUCUCAAAAGUCAUUUAAAACGUAUACACAAGAUAUUAGGUCCAAAUUCAGAUCAUAUAGACAACGAGAGCAAUUCAGACAAUGACUUGAUUGCAAAUGAGGAUCUAACUCCAAAGACAGACAAUUUUAUCCCAGUUCGUCUUUAUAUACGUAAACAUUACACAAAAUUAAUAAGGAAUAAGAUGGCAAAAUGCAACUAUUGUAAUGCAAAAUUCGCUAUACGAAAUAAAUCUUUAGAUUAUUUACAUAAACACUUGGUGAAGGCACAUCCAGACAAAUUAAAUGAAGAACAGAAGAAAGAAGACAAAUUCGAUUGGACUUGGGAUUAUUUUAUCGCAGAAAGCGAUAUAGAGGCAACAUGCAAAGAAUGUAACUUAAUAAUUAAGUACCAAUCAGUAUCUUGUCUCAAAAAGCAUUUAAAACGUAAGCACAAGAUAUUAGGUCCAAAUUCAGAUCGUGUAGAUAACAAGAGCAAUUCAGAUAAUGAUACGAGUACAAAUGAGGAUAUAACUCCAAAGACAGACAAUUUUAUCUCAGAUCAUCUUUGAAUACGUAGACGUUACACAAAAUUAACAAGUAGAAAUGAGACAAGAUGCAAUUAUUGCAAUGCAAAAUUCAAUAUACAUAAUAGAUUGUUAGCUAUUUUACAUAAACACUUGGUGAAGGCACAUCCAACAUAUUAAGUAGAAGAGAAGAAAGAAGAUAAAUUCCAUUGAACUUGGGAUUAUUUUAUCGCAGAAAGCGGUACAGAGGCAACAUGUAUACUCUGUAAUGUAACAAUUGGGUCCAAACUUACAAGUUUAACACUACACUUGAAACAAUGUCUUAUGCGAUCCUCUCUCGGUCUACUUGGCGUUCAAGCAUCUUCCUCGUUCAUGGAUGAGACUCUUUCUUUAGCAUUGGUUCUAUCUCGUUACGAUAUAGAGCUAACGGCUUCUUUUCUCGACACGGUCACACUGUCGCGGCUCACGGGCUUGGAAGCUAGACCCCCACCUUCCGGCUACUCUUUUGUAAGGGACUCCUCCAUCGCCGUCUUUCUCUGCCUCCGAUUCCGUACUCCCUCCACGCCAGAUUGGAAAGUGUGCUCCAUCGAGAAUUCACUAAGAGCCCAGGAUAUACCUACCAAGAUAUACCUACGUUGUCGCGGUUUUAUACCGCCGGCCAAGCUAACUUCGAAGAUCGUAUGA